GGCUCCUUCCCCGCGUGGUCCCGGCCAGGUGGACUGGACGCCGCGGCGCUAACCACAGCGGCAGUGCAGGCGGCCCCCGGGCCCCCACCCCUUCCACGCAGCGCUCGCGACAAGUGCGCAGGGGAGGGCGAACGCGUGCGGCGGGGCCAGCUGCGUUCCGAGCCCGGGCACCGCCGCCUGCUUCUCUGGAAGCGCCUGGGCGCGGAGUCCGAAGACGGCCACCAUGGAGGCGCAGGCACAAGGUUUGUUGGAGACUGAACCAUUGCAAGGACGAGAUGAAGACACGGUAGCAAGUGCUGACUUCUCUAGCAUGCUGUCUGAGGAGGAAAGAGAAGAGUUAAAGGCAGAAUUAGUUCAGCUCGAAGACGAAAUCACAACAUUACGGCAAGUUUUAUCGGCUAAAGAAAGGCAUCUGGUUGAGAUAAAGCAAAAACUCGGCAUGAACCUGAUGAACGAAUUGAAGCAGAAUUUCAGCAGAAGCUGGCACGACAUGCAGACCUCGACUGCCUACAAGAAAACACACGAAACGCUGAGUCACGCAGGGCAGAAGGCAACUGCAGCUUUCAGCAACGUGGGGACGGCCAUCAGCAAGAAGUUUGGAGAUAUGAGGUCUCACUCGAUCGGCUACUCCAUUCGCCAUUCCAUAAGUAUGCCUGCUAUGAGGAAUUCUCCUACUUUCAAAUCAUUUGAGGAGAGGGUUGAGACAACUGUCACAAGCCUUAAGGAAGCGCUGGUAAGCUCACAGCUCACGUGUCGUUUUAGCCUUUGAUCCAGCACUCUGCGCUUCUCCCUUUUCUCUCUUCACUGGGACGGAAGGUGUAGAGCCCGCCUCCGCCUUCAGACAUGAACAAAACGAACUCAGCCGACCAGAUCCUAGCCUGUGUCAAGACUUCCUGAACAUGGAUUCAGUGUCUGCAUGAUUAUCCCCGCGGUUUAACAAGACUCACAUCCCACCCACCUCCUAUGUCACAGCCGAUGCCUACUUCCUCUUCUUCUGCCCACCCAGGCAAUGGAGAAUAAAUAGCUAAUAAUUGUGCUUUGUAUAAAACUUCCCACUCACUCAGUCACUGCAAAUUCCUCAUUCUUUUUCUUUCUCCAGGCUAAAUAAUAGAUGUUUAACCCUUCUUUAUAUAGUUUAUUUGCCGCAUAGUUUUUUGUUCUAAAUUUUCUUCAAAAUUUCUAUAACGUUCUUCAAUUUUGGGCCCCAGGCUGUUUCCGGCUGACUCACAAGUCAGUCAGGAUGAAUCAGUAAGGAAAUGCCUCACAGGUCUUGUGCUGCGGUUCUAUCACACGUUUUAAGCCCAGUUUUUAAAAACAUCGCUCAAAAGGAAUCACAUUCAUAUUGGUAUUCUAUUAGAAAUAAUGUUCUGCUGGGAAGGGAAGUUCAUUCUUGCCAUCUCCUCACACAGUCUGUCACACACGUUGUGGGAUUUAUACCCAACUGAUAGUUCUUCCUUUAGACAACUUGGUUUUCCAGUUCUGUAGACAACUUGGUUUUCCAGGAAAAAUUUUCCAUUUCAUCACCAUUAUAUAAAAUUUAGUCCUGUUUGCCUUGGUCCUCGUAAUGCAUCACUCUCUCACCUGAGGACUCUCAGCUGGUUUCACCUCUGCGCUCAAUGAGCACACUUUCUGUUGCCUCUAAAAUAAACAAGCAUAGCAAGAACCAGCUCCUAUGAAACCAUAAUUUGUUGUGCUUCACCAUGUUCCAGUGAAUCAGGAACAACUACAUCCCUUCCAGCCGUUCUGGUCAGUCAGCCUUCCAGCCAUUCUCUGAACCAUGUCAAGCAGACCGUAGUUCUAGUGCACCUAUUUUUGAAGAAUUCUUUGCAGGGCCUGACUUAAAAUCUUAAGAAAAAGAUAAGAUAUAUUUAUUACUUUUUUGUGUCUUCUCAACGAGCCAUAUUAUUAUGAGAGAUUAGGCAGCCCAACUCAAUAAUUCAAAUAGAAUUCUAUGCAACCAACAAUCAUAGUUUUGGAGAUAAAGUGACAAAUGCCUGAAUGAAGAGCCAUAAUGAAGGGAAGGGUCCAGAAAAGGUUUAUUGUUCACAUCUUUCCUGAAGCAACUCCUGACCUCAGUAAUUGCUGUGGAUAGUCAUUCAACUCACGUCAUUAGAAAACCCCUUUAUUCCACUCAACCCUCUCGGUUAGAAAACCCCUUCAUUGUGCUCCCUUUUUUUGCCAAAUUGCUUUAUUUUAAAAUGAUUUCCUCUUUUAUUUUUCUAUUUUGAUUUGAGAAAAAUCAAGAACUAGGAGAAGAGAAAACAACAAAGCCCGAAAGAAAACAUCAGUGAUUGGUAUUCACUUGAUUCAAAACUGUGUGUGACUUCUGCUGCAAAACAGAGUGCAAGUACAACAAAGAGGAGAAUGGGAUCUCUUAAUAGAGUAGAUUACAUUGAAUUGAUCUUGUUUCUCUCUAGAAAGAAAUAUACAUAGUCAAAAGUCACAUAGUUAAAAACAACCCCUGCUUCCCAGUGCUGGGAUUACAGAGUAGAGGAGAAAUCAGUCAGUGCUCAGUGCCCGAGGUCUGCAAAUCAAGGCCGGUGGGCCAAAUCCAGCUAGCUGGCUAUUCUUGAAUGGCCUGUAAACUAAGAGUGGUUUUUAUAUAUAUUUUUUAAAGAUUUUAUUUAUGUGGCAGAGAAGGAGUGAUCACAAGUAGGCAGAGCAGCAGGCAGAGAGAGAGGAGGAAGCAGGCUCCCCGAUGUGGGGCUCGAUCCCAGGACCAUGAGACCAUGACUUGGGACGAAGGCAGAGGUUUAACCAACUGAGCCAUCCAGGCACCCCGGUUUUUAUAUUUUUUAAUGGUUGAAAAAAAAUCAAAGGAAGAAUGCUAUUUUGUGACAUGUUAAAAUUAAACUACGUGAAAUUCAGUGUCCAUACAUACAGUCUUCUGGAAACACAGCCAUGCUCAUUCACUUAAGGGUUAUUUUUGGUUGCUUUGCACAAUGGUUGAUUUGAGUAUUCGUGACAGAGACUAUGUGAAUCCUAAGCUUAAAAUAUGUAUUAUCUGUCACUUUCCAGAAUAAGUUUCCUGACCCCAAGCAGAGUAGAAAAUUCGAGUUAGGAAUUGAAUUUAAAGAGGCAGAGAGGGGUUUUAGUGACAAUUGGAGAAAAGCAUAUGCUUGUUUUGGAAUGAUUUAACUGCUUUUAAAACCUGGUUAGGUUUUUUAAAGGGCAGACCAGGCAGUAAGUGGUUAUAUCCCCUAGCAUGAAUAGUUCUGUGAGUGAUCACUUUGGUGGCACCAAGGAGUAGACAGCACUUUGAGAAUAGCAGCACUUUCUAUUUUGUACCUUUCUUUUCCUCAACAUGUUUUUCCAUAUUGGUAAUGGCUAAAGGAAAACCAAUGUCACGUUAAUAAGACUUGCAUUAGAUAUUCUGUUGAAGGACUUUUUGAAUAAGGAAUUUUCCAAAACAUUUUAACAAUGUUUCUUAAUAUAUUUCUUAUAAAUUGAUUUCUUCCUGAUUUUAUUCUUAUUACCAAUAAAAAGCUGACAUAAAGGGAGCCCCCUCAAGCAUCAUAACUUUGCAUUUCAAGUCAGGAUAAUCUUUUAGGGGCAGCUGCCUAAAAAGAUGUGAAGUAGCUAGUGCUUAAGAUUUGAGUCCUGUCUACCUCUCAGAACAGAGACCAGAAAGCAUAUUCAGUGGAGCUGCUCAGUCUUUUCAAAAGCCAUUUGUCAGGGAUCCAGAUAGCCUUUCUAAGUCCCAGUAGGAAGCCUAAAUUGGAGUCACUUAAAGAUGUUUAUACCCUUUUUUAAAAAAGAUUUUAUCCAUUUGACAGAGACAGAGCGAGAGAGGAACACAAGCAAGG